CCGCCACCCACAUCCACUCCCUACCUCCACCCUCACACCUCCUCCGCCCCUACUCAGCUUUCUUUUCAACAAGUGAGGGCCAGAGCAGCAAAGAAAGCUGAGGGGGGAGAGGAUUCCUCCCCUUUCUCUCUCCAUUCCCCCUUAAGACGAACCAGGAAGCAACUGCAGGAAUCGGGCCACCUUAACAGUAGAGUAAUGGUUUGGCCUCGUGCCAAGUCCCACCUCUGUUCCAGCUCCCGCUCCUCCCCUCUCUCUUCCCGCACUGCCUGGGGAGAGCUGGUGAGCAAGAGUCUGGCCGGAGUUAGCUGGAGCUGUUGCCAUGACAAGCAUUUUCUUAAGAAAGCUCCGCUGUUGAGAUCGUCCAAAGCUGGGGGCUGGGAGGGGGGCACGAACUUCCUGGGAAACCAUCCCUCUGAAGAGAGCAAGAUCAGAGACCCGCCUAGCUCCCCUGCACCCGUUUUCUUUCAGGAACCUGAGAGGUCCUUCCCAUUGGAAGGGCAGGGGGAGGAGACCCAGCCCACUCCCCGGCCUUAGCCGGAAAGGCAAGAGAGCAAAGCCAGCAUCUCUAGCUUGGUUGCCACACUGGGGAGACUGGUGGUGGUCACCCCACCCUACCCCCAUCCAUGGAAACCCGGAGGGAGAGUCCCGCGCGGAGAAACCUGGAUCUUUGCUAGAAAGAGAGAGAUCCAGUUGUCAUCUGUAUCCAGGAAGCUCUCCUCUUCCUCCUCCUGAAGCCUCUCUACUACUACAGUUGCUGGUUGGUGCUAAGGUUGCUGCCAUGGUAACAUGCACAUCCUGUUUACACCUUCAUCUGGGCAAGUUGGUCUAAACUAGGAACCUACCUACCCUGGACAACGACUUCCAUCACCACCUGGGGACACCAAUCAUCGUGACACGGAGCCCGCCUUCCACUCAGUUCCCCCAUCUUCUUCCUCCUCUCGCUGCCAGACUUCAUACAGAAGAAAGGAUCUAGGCUUGGGACUGCUACUUGGAAGCUUUUUGCGCAAGAUAUAUUCGAUUUAUUCCCUCACUGGGCCCCCAGAGAAGCAGGAAGUAGAAAGAAGUUGGGACAGGAAGGCAGGAGACACUGGUCAGUUGAAGGGAAACGCUACAUCUUCUCUGGUUGAGGGGCUUGGUAACGGCAGGCAAAAUGACGAACCCAUCAGACCGUGUCUUGCCGGCCAACUCGACGGCCGAAAGCCAUGAAGGGGACUUUGGCUGCACAGUAAUGGAACUGAGGAAGCUCAUGGAGCUGCGUUCGAGGGAUGCACUGACCCAGAUUAAUGUCCACUAUGGAGGUGUACAGAAUCUCUGCAGUAGACUGAAAACCUCCCCUGUGGAAGGUCUAUCAGGGAACCCUGCAGAUCUGGAGAAACGUAGGCAGGUGUUUGGACACAACGUGAUCCCUCCCAAAAAGCCCAAGACCUUCUUAGAAUUAGUGUGGGAAGCCCUUCAAGAUGUCACACUCAUCAUCCUGGAGAUUGCAGCCAUCAUCUCCCUGGUCCUGUCUUUUUAUCGCCCAGCUGGCGAAGAAAAUGAACUGUGUGGUCAAGCCGCAACUGCCCCAGAAGAUGAAAACGAGGCACAAGCCGGCUGGAUUGAGGGGGCAGCCAUACUUUUCUCCGUGAUCAUCGUGGUGUUAGUGACUGCCUUUAAUGAUUGGAGCAAAGAGAAGCAAUUCCGAGGGCUGCAGAACCGCAUUGAACAGGAGCAAAAGUUCUCCAUCAUUCGAAAUGGUCAACUCAUCCAGCUUCCUGUGGCUGAGAUUGUGGUGGGUGAUAUUGCCCAAGUCAAAUACGGUGAUCUGCUGCCUGCAGAUGGGGUCUUGAUCCAAGGGAAUGAUCUGAAGAUUGACGAGAGCUCUCUGACAGGGGAAUCCGACCAUGUCAAGAAGUACCUGGAAAAAGACCCCAUGUUGCUCUCAGGCACCCAUGUCAUGGAAGGUUCUGGCAGGAUGGUGGUGACUGCUGUGGGUAUCAACUCUCAGACUGGAAUCAUCCUUACUCUCUUGGGGGUCAAUGAGGAUGACGAAGGGGAGAAGAAGAAGAAAGGUAAAAAACAAGGAGUCCCUGAAAAUCGCAACAAAGCAAAGACCCAGGACGGAGUGGCCCUGGAAAUCCAGCCACUCAACAGCCAGGAGGGAACCGACAAUGAGGAAAAGGAAAAGAAGGCAGUCAAAGUACCGAAAAAGGAGAAGUCAGUGCUCCAGGGCAAGCUGACUCGCCUGGCUGUUCAGAUUGGGAAAGCAGGUCUGAUCAUGUCUGCUCUCACGGUUUUCAUCCUGAUUCUAUACUUUGUGAUUGACAACUUUGUGAUAAAUCGCAGACCAUGGCUCCCUGAAUGUACUCCCAUCUACAUCCAGUACUUUGUCAAGUUCUUCAUCAUCGGCGUCACUGUACUGGUGGUGGCUGUGCCAGAGGGGCUGCCUCUGGCUGUCACCAUCUCACUGGCCUACUCUGUGAAGAAAAUGAUGAAAGACAAUAACCUGGUACGGCACUUGGAUGCUUGUGAGACUAUGGGCAAUGCCACCGCCAUCUGCUCUGAUAAGACGGGCACGUUGACCAUGAACCGCAUGACUGUGGUGCAAGCUUAUAUUGGGGGCGUCCAUUACCGUCAGAUCCCAAGCCCUGAUGUCUUCCUGCCCAAAGUCCUGGACCUUAUUGUCAAUGGCAUUUCUAUCAACAGUGCUUAUACCUCCAAGAUUCUGCCUCCAGAGAAGGAGGGAGGCCUGCCUCGGCAGGUGGGCAACAAGACCGAGUGUGCUCUGCUGGGCUUUGUCACAGAUCUGAAGCAGGAUUUCCAGGCCGUGCGUAAUGAAGUGCCUGAGGAGAAGCUCUACAAGGUGUACACCUUCAACUCAGUGCGCAAGUCAAUGAGUACCGUCAUCAGGAACCCCAAUGGUGGCUUCCGUAUGUACAGCAAGGGCGCCUCCGAGAUCAUCUUGCGCAAGUGUAAUCGAAUCCUGGACCAGAAAGGGGAAGCAGUGCCAUUCAAGAAUAAAGACCGAGAUGAUAUGGUACGCACUGUCAUCGAGCCCAUGGCCUCUGAUGGACUCCGGACUAUCUGCAUAGCUUACCGGGAUUUCGAUGACGCAGAACCCUCUUGGGACAAUGAGAAUGAGAUCCUCACUGAACUGACCUGUAUCGCAGUGGUGGGCAUUGAGGACCCUGUGCGCCCAGAGGUGCCAGAUGCUAUUGCCAAAUGCAAACAAGCUGGCAUUACUGUCAGAAUGGUAACAGGUGACAACAUCAACACAGCCCGGGCCAUCGCCACCAAGUGUGGCAUUCUGACACCUGGGGAUGACUUCCUGUGCUUAGAAGGCAAAGAAUUCAACCGGCUCAUCCGCAAUGAGAAAGGCGAGGUAGAGCAAGAAAAGCUGGACAAGAUCUGGCCUAAACUUCGGGUCCUGGCGCGAUCUUCUCCCACUGACAAGCACACCCUGGUGAAAGGCAUCAUUGACAGCACCGUUGGGGAACACCGGCAGGUCGUGGCUGUCACUGGUGAUGGCACAAAUGAUGGGCCUGCUCUGAAGAAAGCGGACGUUGGUUUUGCCAUGGGCAUCGCAGGCACAGAUGUAGCAAAAGAGGCUUCAGACAUCAUCCUAACAGAUGACAACUUCACCAGCAUUGUGAAGGCAGUGAUGUGGGGACGCAAUGUCUACGACAGCAUCUCCAAGUUCUUGCAGUUCCAGCUCACUGUCAACGUGGUGGCCGUGAUCGUAGCCUUCACUGGAGCCUGUAUCACUCAGGAUUCCCCAUUGAAAGCGGUGCAGAUGUUGUGGGUGAAUCUAAUCAUGGACACAUUUGCUUCGCUGGCCCUGGCCACGGAGCCCCCUACGGAAUCCCUGUUGAAGCGGCGCCCCUACGGCCGAAAUAAGCCUCUGAUCUCACGCACUAUGAUGAAGAACAUCUUGGGCCACGCGUUCUAUCAGCUCAUUGUCAUCUUUAUCCUUGUCUUUGCAGGUGAGAAAUUCUUUGAUAUUGAUAGUGGGAGGAAGGCGCCUCUACAUUCACCACCCACCCAGCACUAUACAAUUGUUUUCAACACCUUCGUGCUGAUGCAGCUCUUCAAUGAAAUCAACUCCCGAAAGAUCCAUGGAGAGAAGAACGUCUUUUCAGGCAUCUACCGCAACAUCAUCUUCUGCAGUGUAGUCUUGGGCACGUUCAUCUGCCAGAUUUUCAUCGUGGAAUUUGGGGGUAAACCCUUCAGCUGUACAAGGCUCAGCCUGUCCCAGUGGUUGUGGUGUCUGUUCAUUGGAAUUGGAGAACUUCUGUGGGGCCAGAUCAUCUCCGCAAUACCUACCCGAUCUCUGAAGUUCCUGAAGGAGGCUGGGCAUGGCACCACCAAAGAGGAGAUCACCAAGGAUGCCGAGGGGCUGGAUGAGAUUGACCAUGCCGAGAUGGAGCUGCGCCGAGGCCAGAUCCUCUGGUUCCGGGGCCUGAACCGUAUCCAAACUCAGAUCGACGUAAUUAACACAUUCCAGACGGGAGCCUCUUUUAAGGGAGUCCUAAGGCGACAGAACAUGGGUCAACACCUUGAUGUAAAACUUGUUCCUAGUUCAUCCUAUGUAGCAGUUGAACCAGUCAAAUCCCCCACCACUUCUGUUCCUGCUGUUUCAUCUCCUCCUAUGGGCAAUCAAAGUGGUCAAAGCGUUCCAUAGUUCCCUCCACGAAAGCAUUCAGAAACCCUACAGCCAAAACUCCAUCCACAGCUUCAUGACCCACCCUGAAUUUGCCAUAGAUGAGGAGCUGCCACGAACACCACUCCUGGAUGAGGAAGAGGAAGAAAAUCCUGACAAGGCUUCUAACUUUGGGACUAGGGUGCUCCUGCUGGAUGGUGAGGUCACUCCAUAUGCCAACACAAACAACAACGCGGUGGAUUGCAACCAAGUGCAGAUCUCCCACGCGGACAGCCCUUUACAGAGCCUAGAGACAUCGGUGUGAAUUUCUUUCUCUGACUCUCAUCCCUAUUUUCCCUAUUUUCUUUUUCAUCUGUCCCAUCUAUAAGGUGAUGAUGGGACUUUUCAUUGUCAUGCCAACUGCUGUGUCAACAGCAGUGUGUGUGAACCCCCACCUGACCGUGAAGAGGCAAGAGCACAGACCUACAAGGAUUUCAACUUAAGCUUGACUUGGGGUUUGUAGCAGGACCCCGUCAAACCCCAGGCAGGUAAAGGUAGAAUCUACUCCUUGGCAGUCAGUUGUCAUUUGUAAAGAAAUGAUGACAAUCUUCUUGACAUCACCCACCCCACCUUCUCCCCUGAUGUUCAUCUCCUGAAUUCUGGAUUUUGUCCUAGAAGUCUGUGCCAUGUAUAAGCUAAAUUAAGGGUUCAGAGGGAGACAAAUAUGCCCAAGUGGACUACAUUGAGUAGAGAUGGAAUAUAUAAAAUCAGCCCGUAGUGUGGUUGUUUUCCAAUUUUUCCCACUUUGAAAACUUACACCUAUAGGCCUAGAAGCCUCUAACUCUUUCUGCCCUUCUAGUCAAACUUCUCCAAGGUUCUUUUGCUCUUUUGUCUUCCCUUCCCUUCCUUUUUUUUUUUUGUUUUUGUUUUUGUUUUUAGUUAUGGUGAUUAGGAAAAUGGAAAGGAUAUGCGUUAAUUGAGUAAACUUUGAUCCUUCUCCCUUUUGCCCAAAACAACCCUUGAUUUAGUUCUAGAAUCCAACGCUUUCUUUGUUAAAAGGGUCCUUUUGAAGCAAUUAAGUGCUGUUAAGAAUAUUUUGGUUGUUGGGCCGGGCGCGGUGGCUCACGCCUGUAAUCCCAGCACUUUGGGAGGCCGAGGCGGGCGGAUCACGAGGUCAAGAGAUCGAGACCAUCCUGGCCAACAUGGUGAAACCCCGUCUCUACCAAAAAUACAAAAAUUAGCUGGGCGUGGUGGCGCGCGCCUGUAGUCCUAGCUACUCUGGAGGCUGAGGCAGGAGAAUUGCCUGAACCCAAGAGGCGGAGGUUGCAGUGAGCCGAGAUCGUGCCAUUGCACUCCAGCCUGGCACCUGGCAGUGGAAUAAGACUCUGUCUUAUUUUAUUUAAAAAAAAAUUUUUUUUUUAUAAAAAGAAUAUUUCCCUGUUGUUGCCAGGUUACCUUCUGCUUUUAACCUGCCAUCUUGUCAGGUGUAUGUGGUUCUUAAGUGCCAGGGAGAUCAGCCUUGCCCAUGAAGGUUGCAUAUGUGUGGUAUAUAGUUUUUACUGUAGGCCUUUCUCCUAUUCCUAAAGUGGUGGCAAAAGAAUGAACUGGGUAUGACCCCGCCUCCUUACUGGACUUGCAUAUUGAGGACCAGAUGCUGGCAAAUCUAGGACAAGACAGACCAUCAAAGCAGACUUUUGUGGGCUCCUCUUUGGGGUGACCACUGCUUUCAAAGCCAUCUGCCAAGGCUCUCCAGGGCAAGACCUGACUGGUGGAGAAUGAGUGUUGAGAAGCCUUGGGAGAGGCCAAAGAGCCAAUCUAGAAUGAUCUGAGAAAACCUUCCUGCAGGGGCCAGCUUAGGUGCCUGGGGACCAGCUUUGACAUUCUUUCCAGUUUCUAAUUCUACUUUUUGCCACAUAUCACAACUUUUCGAGUCUCUGAGAAGGUCCCAGCGUUUCUCAAAUAUUCUGAUUUUGAAAAAUAUGUAUCCAAAGUGGGAGGCCCCUGUGACAUUUUGUCAACUUAAUAGAGCAAAAGACCCCCCCCCGCAUAUCUGCAUUCCUCCAACCCCCCUUCUGCCACGUGCUCCAGCUGCUGGAGCACAGUAAAGCCCUGUACCUUUAUUCCCUGAACACUGCCCAAAGCAUCCCCUUCCCAUCUGCCUCUCAGGAGUUGGGGAAUUUGCUAGGAGAUUUUUUUAAAUGUUCCUUACUGGGGCAAGGUGGAGCCACAUUGGCAGGAGCUCCGUUUGUAUCCCUGCUGAUGUUGACUUCUGUGCAGGUGCCAGUUCAUGUCUCCGACUCUCACCUCCCAUUAGAUAGUGAAGCCCACCCCCCUCUCUCUAGAGCGAUGGGAGUCAAGUAGAGGAGGCAUAUGAACUGCCAAGUUCCCAUGUGAGAGGAAGGUGACCUGAUCCACCCGGCCUUUUCUUCCAGAUCUGCCCUCCCUCACCCCUUUCGCCUGAGCUGUCUACAGUAGGAGACAUAAAGAAACAAUGCCCCCUACACAUCCCCAUGACUCCAUAAUCCAUCAUUGUAGGAAAUAGGAAAGCAAAUUUGAUUUUUGUUUUGUGAAAUCUACAUGCUUCAGUAAUUCUUUUUUGUGUCUUAAAUACUCAUGGGGAAAAAAAACAGCUCACCCAAGGUGGUUAGGUGUUGACAUACAUAUUCAUCAACUACUUCAGAAGAUUUAAUUCUAUCAAGUCUUGUAUUACCUCAGAUCAUUUUAAAUAGCAAGCCAAUAACAAGCUUUGAAGGCUAUUUUACCAUUCCGGUUCACAAAUGACUCUCAUGGUGCCCAAUAGGUUACUCUUGAGGGCUUGUGUCUACUUUGUAAAAGUCAACGGUUUUUUUCUUGUGUUCUAGUUUCCAUAGUAGGAGAGAAAAUAUAGAAAUAUAUGCAAAAAAUAUAGUUUUCUUUAGAUCAGAAACUGAUAUUUUUGAGUCAGCCAUAUGUAUUUUGUUUAAAUGACUUAAAAUAAAGUGCCGUCAUGUAGCCCUGUGGAAGGGAGCACAUAACCAGCUGUUUGACAUGACAGGUGACAGUAUAUUUGUGAUUGGUUUCAAACCAAUACACUGUACUUACUUUCUCCAAACAGCCAUCUUUAUACUUAGGGGAAAAAAAUUGUUGGGUUCUAGACUUUUUUAAUAUAAAUUUUGUUGAUAUGGAAUUAAGUUUAAGUGUCUAUGUUCAUAUGUUUUUUAUAGAAGUUUUUUUUCUAUUCAGUUUCACUGAUCCAACUGGCAGUGGGUAAAUUUGGCAUAAGUUAAUAACACUUUUCCCCAAAAUGGUGCUUUGGAUUUGAAAAGGGUCUGAUGGGGAGAAGGAGAACAUAUCAUCCUAGCUUCCUCUCUUAAUAAACCUAGAAAAACGGGUAGUAAACUGUGGAUAGUCAGGAAAAUACCCAGCAAGGGACACAGCUGUCAGGAAAUGAAUCCCCCCACCCCGCCAUACAGAUGGACAGCCAGACUCUUUCCUAACGAGUGAUUAGGAUCAGGGGCCUUGGUUGGAAUUGUGUUUCUUGAAGAAUAGCUGGCAGAGAGGUACCAAAGACAUUAAUAUCUCCUGGUCUGUAAGGAUAUUCUGAUUUGGGGUUUGUGUUUUUCAUGGUUUGUAUUUCCUAUUCCCCCUGGAGUUUUCCAUUAGUGAGUUUUUGCACAAGGAUCUUAUUUGUGAUGCCUUUCUUCCCCUAGAAGGAAUUUGUGCAAUAUAUUAACUGGGGACAGAAUUCUAAAUGGAUAAAACAAUGGCUGGUCCUUGCCCUUAGUGACAGUCUUGGGGCUAGUCUAUGGUCCUUCCCAUUGUACCAUCUGUCCUCUGGAGUGACUCUCCUAUCCCUAAAGAGGUUAAGUGAGAGAUCGCCUAAAAAUCCCUCUAGACACUUGUGGGUUCUUUAGGGUUUGAGUUUCUUCUUCCCCUUGAGCUUCAGAGAGGAGAAUUGGCACAGUUAAAUCUGAGUGGCUACCUUACUGGUGAAAACCCAGAGGGGCGUGGCACACUCGUUUGUGCCAAAAAGCCUCUAAAUGCAUCCCUUCCUUUCUUUCCUGCUUCCUUUGCCUUACAAUUGAAGCAGCCUGUGGUACCAUCACAAUAUGGAAUUCCCUUCCUUACCUUUCAUAUCUAGGGACCACCCCCACUGCAUUGGUGAGGGUGGGCACUUACAAAUGCCUGCUAUUGUUAAGCCAUUCCAGCCUCUUCCUCCGAAUAGACCAGACACCCUUUGAUUUAGCUCAGUGCCAGUCCUUUUGCCUUCCCAACCCUGCUGUUAGGCCUACUGUUCCCUUUGCUGUUGAUUAGGAGAGAUGGAAGGAGAUGAGCUCCCAUAACUGAAUUGGCCUUUGGUUCAUGUUUGCUCCCCAUAUGUAUAUAUGCCAUAUGUGAAUAUGCCAUAUAUAUGUGCCAACAAAUCUAUCUACGUUGUUCUUUCAAAUUAGCACGCAGAUAGGAAUGUUUGAGUUUCUUCUUCUUUUAGUAAUCAGUAUAACAAGCACUGGUAUUUUUGUACAAAAAAGAAAAACAAAACAAAAGAUUGACUAUUGUGGUCUGCAUGACAUAAACAAACAAAUGGUAAUAUCAAAGCAAUGUAUACCCCAGUGUGUGUUGCCAUAAUUUGCAACUCAGCUUAACAGCGCACCCAAUCUAUAUUUGCAUUUUGAUAUUAUUUAAGCUCUGUGUACAAUGUUUUGCAUGUAUUUAUAUGGUUCUUAGGGGGAAAAAAAUGCUAUAAACUGGCAAGUCUGAAAUUCAAAUGUGUUGUUCCACUGAGACCAGAAGAAGAGUUUUAAAAGGGAUAAAUUUGGAACCAAUAAAGCUUUUUGCUGAUGAACAGAAACCAAUACUGCUGUGCACUGAGAAUAAAAACUCAUGCCCACUUGUAA